AUACAAAUUUAUUGGAUUAAUCUUUUCUUAUAAAACUCCUUUUCUCUUUGCGGUAACGAGCCACUAUCCCACUACGCAAUAACUGAUCGCACGCACGCUGUCAUGAACCAGUUUUAAUUUCAACAAUUUAUUGGCGGCACUUUCACAAUACCGCCGUUAUACAAUGCAAAAUCUCAUCAAACCCUAACCCCCAUUCUACUCAAUCUUCUCUUCUUCCUUCAAUUUCUCAUUCUAUAAAUUCCAAUUCAACACCACAUUCAAUCGGUAACAGUUUCAACCAACCAUAAUAGUGUUAAUUAUCAAAUCAACACAAAAAAAUGGUGUAUUGUGAUCACUGUUGUAGAUGCGUCGAUGGAAUGCGAGUUGAUGAUGGACAUUUAUGUUGUGAGGAUUGUGGGAAGCUGUUGGAAGAUUAUUAUUUUUCUAGUGAACCAACUUUUGUGAAAAAUUCUGCUGGACAGAGCAAAUUAUCUGGCAAUUUGGUAAGGGGUGUUCACAAUGACAUCUCUGAAUCACGUGCAAGGACUAUAGAAAGAGCUAAAGAUUAUAUCAGUAAUCUAAGUCGCACCCUUGGAGUGGAUGAUGCAAGUAUGGUUGACGAAGCUGUGGCCUUUUAUACAAUAGGACUAGAGCAAAAGUUUACCAAGGGACGAAAAUCAGAACAUGUACAAGCUGCUUGUCUCUAUAUUGCAUUCCGGGAUAAACAAAAGCCAUACCUUCUUAUUGAAUUUUCAAAUUGUUUAAGGACAAAUGUUUAUGCGCUUGGCGCAGUUUUUUUGCAGCUUUGUAAAUUGUUAAGGCUUCAAAAUCACCCGAUUGUUCAAAAGCUUGUUGAUCCCUCUCUUUUUAUUUCCAAAUUUACGAAUAAUUUGUUAAAGCAGAGGAAUAUAGCUGUCUCAAACACUGCACUUAAUAUUAUUGUCAGAAUGAAACGUGACUGGAUGCAGACAGGGAGGAAGCCUGGCGGAAUAUGCGGUGCAGCACUAUACAUGGCUGCUCUUGCACAUGGUUUUACAUGCUCUAAAUCAGAUAUUCUAAGAAUCGUCCAUGUAUGUGAAGCAACAUUGACCAAGCGACUGGUAGAGUUUGAGGAUACAGAAUCUUCCAGCUUGACCAUUGAUGAGUUGAAUGCAAUGGCAAAAGAUAAUGAAAGCACUCUAAUUAAAAUACCAAAUGGUGAACUGGACAAAAAGGAUCUACUGUGUCAACACAAAGAGGAUGACGAAGUACCCCCCCACUUUGCACUUGGAUUGUGUGAAACAUGUUACAAGGAUUUUGUGAAACUCUCUGGUGGACUUGAUUGUGGUCAUGAUCCUCCUGCAUUCCAGCAUGCUGAGAGGGAGAGAACGGUAAAGUCACAAUCCGAGGAGAAUGCUAAUCAAUCAGCUGAUUUUGCAAUGGAUUCAAAUGGUGCAUACGAGGGCCAAAUAGAGUCACAUGCCUCUGAGCCUGAAAGAAUUGGGCGUGAUGAAGAAUAUGUGGCCACAAAAGAUGGUGAGCAUGGUAAGUCACAUAUAGAAGAUGAUAUGAACGCAAAAACUCAAGAUGAAUCAGAAAGUCUCUCUGAUAUUGAAGAUAAGGAGGUUGAUGGCUACCUUUACAGUGAGGAGGAAAAACAAUAUAAGAAGAAAAUAUGGGAAUUUAAUAAUCGAGAGUAUCUUGAGGAACAAGCUAUUAAGGAAGCAGCUGCAGCAGCUGAAAGGAGAAAAUUAGAGGAGGAGUUAAAAAAUUGUUCUCCUGAAACUCUUGAAGCACGAAAACUUAAAUCAUCUGUUGCUGCAGAUGUGGCAAAAUCCAAAAAGGAGGCGAGGCAGAAACGAGCUCAAGAGGCAAAAAAUUUAGGUCCUGCUCAAUCUGCUGUAGAGGCAACUAGUCGAAUGUUGAAAACAAAGAGGCUCAGCUCCAAAGUCAAUUCUGAUGUCUUGGAGAAAUUAUUUGAUAAACCUGAAGUUCAAGAGAAUCAUAAGAAAGCACGGUUUGAUUCACCCUCAGACAAUGAUGAUAAUUUGGAAUCGAAGUCAAAGCACAAAGUAAAGGAGGAUGACAUGGAACCAGCCGAGGAAUUCGUUGAUGAUGUUGAUAUGGUUGGAGAAUAUGGUGACAUUUUGUAUCCAGAAAAUGGAGAAUAUGAGACAUAUGAGGAAGGUGGUGGUUACCGUGGAUAUGAUGAAUAUGAUGGAUAUGAUGGUUUUUAGUAAAAAGUUCAUUCUACUUAAGUUAUCUGUGAUCUUUUUCGAGAAUGAUCAACAUGGUUGGCAGCACCAGGGAAACCAAAGAUUGUCGAAAGUUUUGGCAUGUUGAGGUUCAUCAAAUUGGUUAGAAUCGGUGUUCGGUGUUAGUGGCUUCCAAAAUUUUGUCUAUUCAUUACUGAGAGGAUUCGAGUUAGAGUUACCUGUUACCUCUCUUCAUUCAUGUAUUCGUAUUGGUGUUUAAAGCAAUUAUCAAUCAAGGGUGUAAUUUGAAAAAAAUAAGUUCAAAAUAAGAUGUAUUUUGUUAAAACGUCAAACAAAAUAAGAAAGAGGGAGUAAUAAAACUCAUCAUCUGAUGAGAUUUUGUUGUUGAAA